CUCGUCCCGGCACUCAUCCUACUUGCCUCCACCUCCAGGCUCUGGUCUCUCUCGUGGUCUCUUCGCGAGGCUCUAUUCGUCUACCGGACUCGACGUCUAUCACGUUUGCUGAAUGCCUAUCCACGAUGUACUCCGUCAGCGAGUGCAGCCUCUCACAGCAGCAUUGACUUCGAACAGGAUAUUCCUCUACUGCAUCUUCAGCGUAUUCGCCGUAGCCGCGACUAUUGCGAACGCAUGUCGUGCACACAGCAACUUCUACUCCGUCUCGAUCUACCUGUCCAAAAGUAGCCGCAGUGUCCUGGUUCUCGCGAAUUUUGGGAUCAUCUGUUCCCUUCUAUUCGGUCGCGUCCUUCAAAAACUAUUCUUUGGCACCCUCCAGCCUAGAGAAGUCGAGCGGCUCUAUGACCAAACAUGGAUGUUCGUCACCGAGUCUCUCCUCGCCUUCACGAUCUUCAGGGACGAGUUCGACGUGCCGUUUCUCCUCAUGUUUGGUUUCCUCCUAUUCGUCAAGUGUUUUCAUUGGCUUAUGGCCGACCGCGUGGAAUCUAUGGACCAAACGAAUUAUCCCGGACCUCCUACUCUCUUUCACGUCCGCAUAAACGUCCUAUUCUUUGUUCUAUGGGCGGUCGACACGAUGAUGUUUGCCUUCGCCGUCGAGAGCACGUUGACACAUGGAGUCGGGGGUAUGGUCUUAUUUGCAAGCGAGUAUGCCAUCCUCCUCGCAAGCGCCCUCAAUGCCAUGUUACGGUACAUCCUUUCGAUCCUCGAUCUGCGGAGGGCUCGCGCGCGCGGCGGCGAGAAUGCGCCUCCAUGGGAGAACAAGAGCAUGUACAUCUUCUACAUCGAACUUCUGACAGACUUUCUCAAGCUCGCAACGUACAUGACGUUCUUCAUGAUCAUACUGACAUUCUACGGCCUGCCGCUGAACAUCAUUCGUGACGUUUUUGUGACCGCACGCUCGUUCAUCACGCGUCUACGGGCCCUCGUCCGGUACCACAACGCUACCCGCGACAUGGAUCGGCGCUAUCCCGACGCGACCGAAGCUGAACUAGCGGAGAUGUCCGAUCGCACUUGCAUCAUCUGCCGCGAGGAAAUGCAGUCUCGAACACCGGCUACUGCCCAACAGCCGGGACCUGCCGAUCAGGGUGCGGCGGAUGGGGAACAGCAGCAGCAGCAGCCAACCCCGUUACCACCUGUCGAUGGGCCUAACAUGACGCCCAAGAAGCUCCCUUGCGGUCAUAUCUUCCACUUCCAGUGUCUUCGCUCUUGGCUCGAGCGCCAACAGAGUUGCCCUACGUGUCGUCGCACGGUUCUUGAUAACAAUGCUACGCCUCAUGCUAAUCAGGCGCCUGGUCAAGGCCAAGGCCGCGCUGCUCGCCCUCGCCCAGGUGCUGCACCCGUACCGAAUGCUCCCGGGCAGCAGGGCGCAGUGAAUAAUCCGCUCGGUUGGGUCGGACGUUUCCUCGGACUGCCCGCGCAAGUUCCAGCGCUCGAUCCCCCGUUCCUGGGUGCACAAGGUCAAUUCGCACAGGGUGCCGUACCUGCACCGUUCCAGCAGCAGCUGCAGCCUAACCCUGGUAUGGGCUGGGGUGCACCACCUGUCGCCGGCCAAGUGCCGCCUCCACCGCCGUUCUAUGGCCCUGCUCAUGGAUGGCAGCAUCAGGUUCCCGCGGGACAACCUCCUCAUAUGCAGCCGCCUCAACUGCAGCCGCCUCCGCUGUUCAGGGGUUUCUAUGGUCCGGGACAGGCAUGGCAGCCGUGGGGAGAUCCUAGAUGGUAUGCGCCGCAACCUCAGCCUCAGGUGGUACCGCCGCAACAAGGGCAAGACGUUCCAGCCCAAGCGUCGAGCGUGCCCCCUCCCCCUGUGCCUACCCCUACCGUGCUAGGUGACGAACGACAACUUGCGGACCUCCCAGAGACACGGCGUGGGACAUCGCAAGCGCCAACGCCUACUCCGACGACUUCUUCGAAUGCAGUUGUCAAUCCUGGGCCAGAUUCAACAACGCAACUUACAGCUGCUCCCACAGAACCACAACCCAAUGAUCCGAGAGCUGCAGCCACGCUUGCGGCGCUCAAGAGGCGUCAAGCUGGAUCGGCUACAUCCAGCUCGUCGGUCUCAGCGCCCGACAGCUCGGCUCGGAGCACAAGUGAGUCUACUACGGACCCGGGCGCUGCACCAGCGUCAACUGCGCCGAAUGGAACAACACUGUCGGCGCCAGGGCCGUCUAUUCUCCAUGCCCCAACAUCUUCGUCGGCUGCGUCUCCAUCAGCUCCGGCUACCAUGAGUGCAGGAACUGGUCCAGCUGCUCAGGACACGUCCAUUUCUGCUCUUCCUCCCUUGAUCCCACUAUACGACACGAGCAUUGUGCAGCCCACACGCGUACAUGGCUCUAACCCAUACUUCGCGCCAUACACUCACUCGUAUCGUGCGCCGAACGGGCUUCCCAGCUCAACACGCGCCGCAGCUGGACAGACGCAGGAUAGCUAUUCGCGCCCUACUCGGGUCGGGGCAGGCUCGGGCUCUUCUUCGCGGACCCCGCUCAGCCAAUUGCCGCCGACACUGACGGACGAGCAGCUCGCGCGGCUAGAUAGGCUCACGCGCGAAGCGAUCGACGAAAGGCUUCGCGUGCUCGAGGGAGUGUCGAGUGCGGUAUACCGGUGUGUGGAGGAGUUGACCAGGGUGAGGAGUGUGUUGCCUCAAGUGAGGAGAGAGGCGCAGGAGCCUGGGAGAGGGUCUUCAUCGGCGUCGAACGGUGGCGACAGAAGGGCGGAAGGCUCAACAUCGAGCGAGGAGGAGCGGUCUUCGUCCGAGGCGGAAAGCGAUGGGGUUGUGAUCUCUGACCGAGAUGCAUCGAGCUCUGUCGAGGCGAGCUAGGUGCAUGGGCUUCGCGUAGUGGAUGUUUGUUCAGUCUGGGUAUCGAUAUGGCUCUGUAACAGUCGCUUUCGCACGCAUACAUUGGAACACACAUUGUAUAAUAUUAGGCCAGGAGGGACAAUUCCCGGGGGCUGAUGUCUAUAUUAUCGCAGAAGGCAGAGCUAGUUACACUAUAAGUC